UUGGAAUUUCACGGAUACAGUUCAGCUCGGAUAAUACAGUUCGGAUCCGAUGAAGACCUCUACUCCGAAUGCCCAUCACUAGAAGGAAGCGCUCUGAGAGGCAGCGCGCAAGAGUGGGGCAGGUAACGGUUGUUAUUAUGGGUUGGAUCAAGAUUAAACUGCAACGGAUUCUCCAAAUGUUAAUCGCUUCCUGUUAACGCAUAUUUAGUCAUUAAUCUUCUUCGGUUCGUCUUACGUUGCUUUGAUAAUAUCUCAAUUUAUGUGCGACUUUGCUGGACCCUACAAAUGGCGCGAGGCACCCUCCGCUGGGUUUGAUAUGGGAUAUGGGAUUUAUGUCGGCGAAGAUUCCAAGAUUUGUUGCAUUUAUGACAAUAGUGUCCUUGGUUUUGGCAGGAGUAUCUGCUGUAGAUGUGAAGUGCGAGAAUAUUUACAGAGACUUCUCUGACUGUGUCCUGGAACUGGGGGAGAGCAUGGACAACUACCAGGAGAACGUUACCAGUGAGAUGGGAGUUGAAGCUGUGUGCAGCCACUGGGAGGCAUUCCACACGUGUGCUCUGACGGCACUGUCCGGGUGUCAGGAGGAGGUGGGCUCUAUUUGGGAGACCCUUAGAGAAGACUCCAGGAAGAUCCGCUUUCAGGGCAGCCUCUUUGACCUGUGCAGCCCUAGCUCGGCCCCUAGCCUGCCCACGCCUCUACUCCUUCUACCCCUGCUGCUCCUGUGCUCGCUGGUCCACGGAGGGCCCAUCUGGUCCUCCGCAUAGGUGGUGGAUGCAUCUCUCUCCCUCUCUCCUACCCCCAUGCACUUUCACAUUCCCAGGGGUGGCCAGCCGCAUCCUGAGCAUGUCUGAAACCUGAAGCCAAGGAUUGGAGAGAGAGAGCGAGAGCGAGAGAGAGAGAGAGCGAGAGAUGAUCAGGGAGUAGAGGGACGUGGAAUGAAGAUUAGGUUAGCACACAGAGCCAGAUAUCUAUGGUACUGGGUAAUCAGAAAGAUAUGUUAAUAUGGGAAGAGGAAGGAUUACUUUGGCUCUGGGUUACUCAUCAUAGAUGUCUUUGUCACUAAGUAGUUAGAGAGUUACGUCAUCAGAGCCUUAUACAUUAAUGUCAUCAAUAUCUAUAAGUCUACAUAAACCAAGAUUCUAGCAAUUUUAAAUUAGCUACUAGUGUACACCUGUGAAGAAAGCUAAUUAAAAGCAAUUGGUUGGUUUUGUUGACAAUCAAGUGAAUUUGUCAUAAACAUUGAAGUAUUGAACCUUCCAAACUAGCCCAAUAUUGUUGGAGAGGCAUGGCUGCUAUAAUAACACCAAAAAAAGUCAUUUUCCAUUGCUGUUCUCUUUUAAACAAUUUCUUUCAUAAUCUGGUGAGACAAUAGAUGAGGUCAGGUAAUGCCAUUUAAAAAUAUCGUUAAAAUGUUUUAAGAGGCUGAUCCAUCAGUUAUGUCCCAAGUUAUGCUGGCCUUCACCUUGUUCUGUGUAUUUCUGUGUUACUUUUCAAUUAUUACUGAGACAGUAAGCAUUUUUUUCUUUUGGCUCUACUCUACUCAUGUUGGGAUAUAAAAGCAGUCUUGUUUCAGCAAAUUAAAGAAAAUUGGUUUAAAUUAAUCCAAAUCUGGAGAUUGAUCAGUAAAUAACUUGAACUCUUUUGACCCUGAAAAACAUUCUAGUUGAGCCAUGGCAGCAGGGUUGGGAUUAUUGUCUUGCUGUAUAAUGUGGCUUCAGUGAGUUGGACUUCAUCAGACAAGAUGGUUCUUUAGCUUUCAGAAUUAAUUCUGGUGCUGUCAUCAGCAGUUACAUCAUUAAUGAAGACAAGUGAGGCAGUUGCAGUUGUAGCCAUAAAUGCCCAAGCCAUAACCCUACCUCAGCCAUAUUCCACAGAUUGCUUUUGGGGAGUCCUUUAUCUACUACACACUUUCCUUUUUGUCACUCUGGUACAUAUUGGUAUUUGUCCCGCUGUUUAUUUAAUUAGCAAACUGCAACCUGGAAAUCCUGUUUUGAAGGUUAGCUACUGGUUCUCACCAUCCAGAGCAUUUAGUAAUGCUGGGGAAGUCUUUAGGUGGCAGUGGCUGACAUCCAGUGGCUGACCUCCUGUAGUUUUCCAAAUAGUAAUUAUCUGAUUUCAAAUCCACAUUUGGGAGAAUGGAGCCAAAAUAAGUAAAAGGUACUUACUGUCCCAAUAAUUACAGAUGGCUCAGUUGAUUCCUGGACAAGAAAGAUGUGACCAUGAUGAGCACAGAUAUUACUAUUUAACAAUGACAAAAACAAUUGCUUUGGAAAGAUAUGAUUUACAACGUCGGAUCAAAGACAACCUGCUAAAAAAAUAAUAAUACAUGUAUCAAACAUUUAGCUCUAACUCUUGCCUAGUUUCUCUGUCAAGUUUAUCAACCAUGGGAAGAUAAUGUUUCAACAUUAUUUUGGAAAACUUUACUAUGUGUUUAUUGUACAAAUAGGACCAGAGGUCAAAAUCAUGUCUGUGGUUUUCACUCUUCACUUUGAUUUCAUUUAUCAGUUAAGGUCACUUGUCUGGAGAUAGAAUACUGCCAAAAUGUUUGCAUUCACACUAUACAACUCAGAAAUGUGAGCCGUGUUUCAUAAAUACACUGCAUACAAUCCACACAUGUAAACUGUGAUCCAUAAAUACGCAGCAGCGAAUCAAUGAUUGUAAACAUUAAUUCGUAUAUAUACACAGCAUUAAAUUCACAAGUGUGUAGUUGGAAU